AUGGAGAAGCGCUACAAAUCAUUCGCUUGCUGCAUCAAGUCCUGGCCGUUCGUUCUGGUCACCCUGUGGUUCAUGUUCGGCCUACUUCGUUUCUGUUACUUCCUCACGCAGAUGGGUCAACAAAUGGUCUUUCUAUUUGGCGAUGACAAGGACACCAUCAACGACAUCGUAUCGGUUUCUUCUGCCUUGCUAAUGUGUGGUUUCCUCGUCUCGCCCGUUUCGGGAGUGAUUCUGGACAGUUCCAGGGCCUACUUUCGACGAUAUAUGAUGCGGCGCCUGAAAGAGGGUGACCUGACGGAUGCCGAAUUGUACUGGAUCAGUCUGCGUAGUAUCGCUCCAGCGUUUAUUGUUUUGGCUUUUGCCGCUACGAUUCUGAGUGGACUCAACUUUAUCAAAUCAAAGAUCACCUACUACAUCGCUUUCAUAUUUUUUGUCAUUUUGCGUUCCUUGUUGUUCAGCGCUUCCGUGAACUUUGUACUCAUCGCCUUUCCAAUUCAACGGUUUGGCACAGUGAACGGGUUGAUCAACACUAUUGGCGGUAUCUUUAGUCUCAUCCAGUACGGAGUGAUUCGUAUGGGGGCUAUUCCAGGGAACGCCCUGAUUACGUCACUGAUGAUCUUUCUCUUUAUUUCACCAGUGAUACUUUUUGUCAAGCGUCAUUGA